AUGAGCGGCGUGUCCGACGCCCGCGGCCGCAGGGAGCAAGAUCGAGACCGGUCUGACCGACACGACCGCCGAGAGGACCGCGACCGCGGUCGUGACCGUUCUGGAGAUGGUCGGCGAGAUGCCCGGAGGGAUAGUGAUCGUUCUGGCGACGGUUGGCGUGAUGCCCGGAGGGAUAGGUGGGACCGGUCGCGCUCGCGAGACCAUUCUCGCCGCGCAUCCCCUUCGUAUGCGCCCGCGCCUGUUGCAGGCCCACCCAUCCGCCUAGGUUUUGACGGUGGGCCGCCCCUCGGCCUUCCACCAUGGCAACCCAAAGAAGAGAGGAAGCGGCGCGACGAGCGUCCAAACUCGAACUCGAACAACCUCGAAGAACGGCGACAACAGCGCGAAGCGGCAGAGGUCGAUAUCUGGCCUCCCUCGCCGACCCAGCCGACAGGAAGCCCUGAACCGGUGAAAUCGACGAAACGGCGGUCGAGGCGGUACGCGUCCGAGACGGACGAUAGUGAGGACGAGUAUGAGCGCCGGAGGAGGCGGAGGAAGCGUCGUGAGCGCCGGGAGAGGGAGAGGGAGAGGGAGAGGAGCGCGAGUCUCACCAGGGUGGAGCACGACGAGCCGGAAGUCGGACCAGUCGCCCCAGCAGAGUACGAUGUGCAGGUGGACCGUGAUGCGUACGCCCGCCUCCUCCCAGGUGAAGGGGCAGCCAUGGCGGCCUUUGUACAGAAGGGCGAACGUAUUCCGCGCCGCGGCGAAAUCGGCCUCGACCCAGCCAAGAUUGCAUCCUACGAAGCUGCGGGUUUCGUGAUGAGUGGAUCGCGGCACCAGCGUAUGAACGCGGUUCGACAGCGCAAGGAAGCCCAGGUCGUGAGUGCCGAGGAGAAGCGGGCGGCUCUGGUCGCCCAGCGCGAUCAGGCGCAGGCUCGGGAGGGGGCUAUCAUCUCCCAGUUCCGCGAGAUGGUUGAUGAGCGGUUGCAGGUCGAGGAGCGGCUUGAUCGGGAGCGCGAGAGGGAGAGGGAGAGGGAGCGCGAUAGGCGUAGAUAG